GCACUCCAAACGUCGACCGCGAUUCUCAAAUUAGUGCUAUCGCCGGGGAAGAGGUGGAUUUAUCGCCAUCGCCAUCGCCAUCGCCAUCGUUUAAGGUUUAACCACCGGUUAUGUUGAUGGACAUGCAUUCUUCUUCUUCUAACGACGGGAGAUUUUUCUGCCGUAUAUGGCCGAUUUACCGCCGGAGACUCUUCAACUUUGUCCUAUCCACGUAGCUACUGGGCCGGCUGAAAGAAAUGAGACCCAGAAUUCUCAUAGAUCCAUGGUCGAAAGACUCAGGACAUCUUGCCAUGUUGCCAGAGGCUUGGCUUCCUUAUCUCAAACUCAGGCAUCGCUAAUGUCUUACUCUUAAGUAACUACAAUGGAGAGUCUUCGUUGGCUCUUGGUGCUGCUAUUAGGAGUUUUUGCCAUUGUUCGUCUUGUUCAAGCUCAGGAUCAACAAGGGUUCAUCAGUUUGGACUGCGGGUUACCCGUGAGUGAACCGUCUCCUUAUAACGAGCCAUUAACCGGACUACGGUUCUCGUCUGAUGCUAAGUUCAUCCAGACCGGUAAAUCUGGUAAAAUCCAGGCUAAUCUGGUGGGUGACUACCUGAAGCCCUACGCGAGGCUGAGAUAUUUUCCAGACGAGAGAAGGAACUGCUAUACUCUGAGUGUUGAAAAAGAUAGAAGAUACUUGAUCAGGGCUGGGUUCAUGUAUGGGAACUACGAUGGUCUUAACUCUAACCCGACAUUUGAUCUGCAUCUAGGCCCUAAUCUGUGGGCAACAAUAGAUUUGCAAAAGUUUGUGAAUGGUACAAUGGAGGAGAUCAUUCACACCCCAACAUCAAGCUCGUUGCAGGUUUGUCUCGUUAAGACGGGGACAACUACACCGUUGAUCUCAGCCUUGGAGUUACGGCCGCUGGAUAAUAGGUCUUUUCCCACAAAGUCCGGUUCUCUGAAGCUUUUCGUUCGAAUAUAUCUCAACAAGACAUUAGGAACUGCUACAAUCUAAACGUCGACAAGGGCAGAGACAUAUUUGAUCGUGGCUAGGUUUGCAGAGGCUAGUGAAUGGUACGGCGGAAGAGAUGUUACACAUACCAACAUUAGACUGAUGUUGCAGAUAUGUCUUGUUAAGACUGGCGAAGUUACACCGCUAAUAUCGGCCUUGGAGUUACGGCCCAUGGGAAACGGUGUUAAUAUCAAUGAGUAUGGCUCCUUGAAUCUUUUCUCCCGGAGAUAUUUUAGCAAGUCAGGAUCUGAUAUAAGGUAAGUCAACUUCAGCUGAACAACGUUUUCUUCUUUCCAGCUCUGUUUUGCUUAUGUGUGUUCUGCACCGUUGUGCUAUGUUUCCAACAUACGAGGUGGUUUCAUAUGAUACUAACAAAAAAGUACAAGACAAGAAAAAACAGUGAAAAAUGCCAUACAUAAGGUUUUAAAAUCUGAUAAAUAUUGUUCUACGGCUAAAACAACAAUAGUCUCAUCACAGGUACAUGAAAGAUGUCUAUGAUCACACAUGGGUUCCAAGUAACAUGUAAAAAUAUGGCAAUACCAAACAUAGUCAUUUUGGUUUUGACCAUUGAAACGUAUAUCUUAUUCUUUAUUUAUUUGGUGAUUGUUGGUUUUAUAAUGAAUUGUGUGUUAGAUUAUUGUGUGCCAUGCUGUGAAUAUUUGGGUUUGGGACCAUUGACAUGUAUUCGUGAAUGCUAGCUUUUGAAGAAGUGAAUAUGAGCUUGGACAUGACACUUGUGGGCUUUCAGGUAGUUUGGGUCUUCGUGUGUAGGAAAAAUGUUAAGACCCCUAAAACCUAGUAAGACCAAACUUGUUACACAAAAAUAAACAUUGAGUUUUGAUCAAUUUUUUUCUGUAAACUUUUCAAUCCACACUCAUUUUUGUCAUUUUCUUUCACCAUAUCUUUAUUUUAUAAAAUAUUUCCAACUACCAAU